AUGGACCCAGUCGACGUUUCUCGCCUCAAGGAGGGCGAGGUCAACCUUGGAACCUCAAUCAUGGCAGUCUCCUACAACGGCGGCGUAGUCCUCGGGGCCGACUCUCGCACAACAAUGGGCAGCUACAUUGCCAACCGUGUAACAGACAAGCUCACCCACAUCUCCGACAGGAUCUACUGCUGUCGCUCCGGCUCAGCGGCCGAUACCCAGGCCGUAGCGGACGUAAUCACCUACUACCUAGACAUGUACGGCGUCGAGUCCGAGUCUGGACACGUGGGUACGGAGAUGGCUGCCAACUUGUUCUCUCAGCUCGUCUACGGUAAUAAGGAUCGUCUGAGUGCGGGCAUCAUUGUGGCCGGAUGGGACAAAAAGAAGGGAGGGACAGUCUUCAAUGUCCCACUCGGUGGGGGUGUCUUCCAGCAACCUUGGGCUAUCGGAGGGUCAGGGUCAAGCUAUAUCUAUGGAUAUUGCGACUCCACCUGGCAGCCCGGAUGGGGAAAGGAACAGACGCUCGAGUUUGUCAAGAAUGCUUUGAGCCUGGCUAUGAGUCGUGAUGGGAGUUCGGGGGGUACGAUUAGGAUGGUGGAUAUUACCGAGGAGGGGGUGACGAGGCAUUUCAUUCCUGGCAACGAGCUGCCGGAGCUCUCGGCCAAGCUGGUAUAGACUUGCGCCGUCUCCGGAGAUCAAAUACAGAGCCACACAUUUACGCACGCAGGACCGGUCGCUCAUCCCUUCGCCUGACAUGCUGACUUGAUUUUCUGAUUGCAAGACAAAGCGCACCAUGCUAAUCCUCCUGCUGCUCCUCACUAUGCCCUGUUGUCCCCUC